GAGCACCGGGUCCUGAUCUGCAUGUCGUGUAGGGUCAGGAUUCGGCCAGGCGACGGCGUACAGCUGCACUUCUGGCGGAUCCACCGCCUAAAGGGCGAGGUGAUGCGACAGAUCCUCGAUUACAGCUACACGGCCGAGCCGAUCGCCAACCCACAGGCCGUCCCGGUACCCGCCGACGGUUCGCCUUACGUGGAGCAGCUACCAAUCGUCGACGGCCUCAGCUGCUCGGACUGCCGCUUCCUUACGACGAGCCGGAAGCUGAUCAGGGUCCACCGCUCGCAGUCAGGACACGACAGUACCUGGAAGGAGGUACGACUUCAGAUCUUAUCGCGAGGAAGCCGCGCUCGGUACUGGGUAGUCGAGCAAGUACAGGGUAGCAUAGGACCUGACGGGACGACUAGCCUUAGGUCCACCGCCUCCGGCUCCCCUCAACGUCUGCUAGCAGACCGUCUUACGAGAUACGAAGAAAGCCUGGCGGCCGAGCUAGAGGAGACGCGGCGGAUAGUUGACAGCCGGCAAGGGCCUGACUUCGAGUCGACCUGGGUUCGCGAGAUGGGCUGGGCGAGACACCUCGCCGGGAGCGACAUG